AUGGUUCACCUCGCUUCCACUCUUGCUGCUGGUCUAGCUGGUCUGGCCAGCAUCGCCUCCGCUCAUCCCGGCCAUGACCACAAGGCCGAGGCUGCUCAGCGUGCGGCCUUCAUGAAGCGCGCUCCCGUUCAUUCUCGCAGCCUAGACCAGUGUGCCGACAAGCUCCGCGCUCGUGGUCAGGAGAAGAAGAACAUUGCUCGACGUGAUCGUAUGGUUCAAGAACUUCGUGCCAAGAAGGGCGUGCAAGCUCGUGCCCCCUUCCUCAAGGCCCGUGAUCUCGACACUGUCUUGAACACUACCCACCAUUCCUCCCUGGAUGUCAACCUCUCCACCGACCCCGAGGUUCUCUUCGCUUCCAACGCCACUUGCAUCCUCGGCCCCGAUGUUACUCAGGGUCCUUACUAUGUUACCGGCGAAAUGAUCCGCAGCGACCUCAUUGAGGACCAGGAGGGUGUUCCUCUCUACAUGGACAUCCAGAUGAUCGACACCAGCACCUGCGAGCCCGUUCCCGAGGUCUACGUUGACUUCUGGCACUGCAACGCCACUGGUGUCUACUCCGGCAUCUCCGCCAGCGGCAACGGUAACUCCGACGACACCAACAACCUCGACGCUACCUUCUUGCGCGGUCUGCAGAAAACCGACAAGGACGGUAUCCUUCAGUUCAAGACCAUCUUCCCCGGUCACUACACUAGCCGUGCUACUCACAUCCACGUCCUUUCUCACCCCGCCAACGAGACCACCGUCAACCGCAACAACAACACCAUCAGCGGCCUCUACACCUCCUCGUCCUCCUACGUCGGCCAGCUCUUCUUCGACCAGGACCUAAUUUCCAAGGUCGAGGAGACCGCCCCUUACAACACCAACACCCAGGAAUUGACCACCAACGCCGAAGACAGCAUCUUGUCCGAGGAGGCCGACACCAUCGACCCCUUCGUCGAGUACGUCUUCCUGGGCGACGACGUCUCCGACGGUAUCUUCUCCUGGAUCUCUUUUGGCUUCGACCCCUCUGCCAGUACCGACGUCACUCCCGCUGCUUACCUGACCGAGGAGGGUGGCAUUGAGAACGAGAACGCCGGUAUGGGUAUGGGCGGUGGUGGCGGUGCCCCUCCCGGCAGCUCCAGCAUCCCUUCUGCUUCGGCCUCCACUAGCGCUUAA